AUGCAUCAACCCCCUGUCAUAUCACAAAGCGGAGAUGAUAUCCCCGUGUGGAAUAUUCCUGCAUUAUCUCAAGGCAACUCUCGAAUCAGGGAACACCUGAUAGCGCGCCAAGGCAAAGAUCGGCUUUGUGAGGUUGCAGUGAAAUUUGCAGGGUUCAGCCGCAGCUUGGGAUUUAUCAAGUCCCGUGGCCUGGAGCAAACCCAACUCGCAAAUUCAAAAUCAAAAAAUCGCGAUUAG